GGUGUAUAUACUGUAUAUAGUGUGAGUGACAGGAGGAUGAGACUCACUCACUGAGCAUGGCUGAACUAUACAUCUCUCUGCUGGUGGCUGCUCUCUGUAUUGGCACAGCCGUGCCCCUGAAGUGCUACACGUGUCUGGGUGCCACCAACAGUGCCGACUGUAUGAACCCCGCCACCUGCAGUUCAGCCGACACCUCCUGUAUGACAGUUGUUGGUUCUACUUCGGGUUCAACGGCCGUUAUUAAAUCCUGUGAAUCCAGCUGUAGUCCAGGAAUUAGCAACGUGGCCGGGAUCAGUGCAACAAUUUCCUGCUGCAACACUGACCUGUGCAAUGGUUCCACUGCAGUAAAAUACAGUUUCCCUGCGAUGGUCCUGUCCCUCGGGUUCCUUUUGGUUCUGCUGAGAAGCUCCAUCUUGUGAUGUCCCUGAGCUGCACUAUGAGCAUCAUUGCCCUGUGUAUUAAUAAACAUCAUAAUAAAACCA